AAUCUCAAAAACCUAAUCUUCAUUUUCCAUCUUCGAGCCGUCUCAGAGGAGAGAGGAAGCGAGAAACCCUAAAAUGAAGUACAAUCCUCGCGUCUCCUUCUCUCGGCGCAAGAACCGGAAGGCCCAUUUCACGGCGCCGUCAAGCGUCCGCCGCAUCCUAAUGAGCGCGCCACUCUCCUCCGACCUCCGGUCCAAAUACAAUGUCCGCUCCAUGCCGGUUCGCAAGGACGACGAGGUCCAAGUCGUCCGCGGAACCUACAAAGGCCGUGAAGGGAAAGUGGUUCAGGUUUACCGUCGCAAAUGGGUCAUCCACAUUGAGCGAAUCACUCGUGAGAAAGUUAAUGGGUCCACCGUUAAUGUGGGAAUCAACCCUUCGAAGGUUGUGAUCACGAAGCUGAGGCUGGAUAAGGAUCGGAAGAGUUUGUUGGAUCGGAAGGCCAAAGGAAGGGCAGCGGCCGAUAAGGAUAAGGGUACUAAGUUUACAGCUGAGGAUAUUAUGCAGAGCGUUGACUGAGUGAGAGGUUUUUAGGGUUUUGUUGGAAUUUCUAAAGUGGUUUUUUUUUUAAUUUAUAAUGUCAUUUGGGAUUUUUAGACUUUAUUGUCAACUUUGUGAUGGCUUAAUGUUAUGUUUUAAUUUCUGUGACAAUGGUGGUCUUCUUUUUCUUGGGUGUUUCUAUUUUAUUUUGUUGUGUGUUUUUUCUUUUAAAUUUUGUGUUUAGAAUUGAGGUGAUGAAAUGAUUGAAGGGAAGUUAUGUGCUUGAA